AUGCAUCACUCCGAACUUCCUGCAGCCAUCAACUUACCCACGACACCAGCCGACAGAAUCCUGACUUCUAUCCACCUUCAUCGAAAGCAUGAAACGCAACGAUCUGAGCCAUCUGAAGAGAUUCGAUCAGUGAAAAACGUGCUACCUAUUUCGGCGUUAAAAUGUGAAUAUCACGGCGUUAAGAGUUCCACCAGUCCGCUAUUUUCUGCGGGGCUGCGCACAACGUACUAUCCACUCAGAAUCACUGCCCAGCUACCAGCCACGAACUUAUUAAUGAAAGCACUUCCAAGGUUCUUUCAAAUCAUCCAAAGUCGUGGAACCAAAAGAAAUGGCAAAAUGUUUCUCACGACAUGUGCAGGAUUUGAACCUACGAGGCCGAAACCAUAA